AUGUCAUCCGUAGCUGUUCAAACAGAUGAGGCAGUUUGUGAAACUGGCCUCAAUUCUUCUCUCAGUAUCGAUCUCUUCACAAAAAUUUUGUCUAUCUUAGAUGACGAACACAACAACUUUUACUAUGACAUGUCUGAAAGCUAUUCUGAUUUUCCUCAUAAGUUAACUGCCAAUACUCAUGAUGGAUGUAAUUCAAACGGAAUAUUUGGAACCCAUGAAAUUUAUUCAGAUGAUGAAACAAUAGAGAUUCAAGUAAACAGUGGUAACAAAGAAGAAAUGACUACCGCUGAAUUAGAAAGAUCUCUACAAAUAUCGGAAUCUCGUCUAAGAAACAACUUGAAUGAGCUGAAUAAAAUCACAUCAACAUUACCAUCGUCUUCACAUUCGUCAAUUUCAUCCGCAGAACAAAUUAAAGAGUGGUUAAACUCCACCGGCGUUCAUCAUAAUGAUUCAACUUUGAAUAGUCCAGAAGUUGAACCAGUAGAGAACAGGAAUAGUUCAUUCACUGAUGUUGAAAUGGAUGGGAUUUGA